AUGAGUGGCGUGCCUCAGGCAGAGGGCCCUCCGGCCCCGCAAGAGGAUGAGGUAAAAGAUGCCCCAGAAAUCGUCGCCCAGGUGAUUCCUCAGGAACACAACCAAGAGAAUUGCCAGGCAAUAUUUCAGGCAAAGGUCCAUGAUGCCGAAAGUACCGAAGCGAAAAGAAAGAAACCGGCUCCCCUAUUUCGCCGUCUUGAUCCCUCCAAUUCUGGAGUCACAAUUCAGUUUCACCAAGAAAAGCACGACGAAGAAAUUCCCAACUUGACUCGACUGGUGAAACACGACGCCAAGCCCAGCUACCAUCACACAAUUGUUUCCGAGGCAAGCAGCUGCGUGAGCCAUCAUAAGUACCUUGAGUACCCCUGCCGCACUCUUCCCUCCAUGUGGAAGAGGUCGUAUGGAUCAAUCUUCCUCUUGUUGGGAUCGGAAGAUUUCAAUAUUGCCUUGCACCGCCGCUGGGCUUUCUCAGAAUUCAUCACAACUUUGCGAAUGGGAGAGCCUAUGAGGGUUUAUUCCUUGACCGUUGUCGCCAACGAGAAUUGGAAGAUCCCGGGGUUUGACGAGAAAGACUUGAUCAAGGCCCUAUUUAGCGGCGCAUUCGAAUUCCUUGGACAGUUGCGCUUCAGGGGUUUCAAUGAGGAGGAGCGAAGCAUGCUGUGCCGACUCGUGCAUGGCCUGAGGAUCAACAACGUCUAUGAUGGCAAAGAAGACAUCCCUGUUUGGCUCGGCAGCUUCCAGACCCAGCCCGACAACAAGGAGUCGAUUUUCAUUGGGAGUCUUCGUCACAAUGACACUCCCAAUUUGACGAGCAUAGAGCUGACCGAUGGUUUCAUGACUAGGAAUCCGGCCUCCAAGUAG